GGUGAGGUCUGAGUUGCUGCUUAUCUUAACAGCUCCUGGGGUGACUUUAGUUGUGUAGCCAGCUGAAGCACCAUUGCUCUAUCACGUAGGAGAAGCUGUCUGAGUCACCUGUUAUUGUUGACAUCACAAGCAGUUCAUUUUGCUUCCAGAUCCUUGGAACCCGGUCUUUAGAAAAAAAUGAAUGCUUGGCACUGUUCUUUUAUCUCAUUUCCACCUCUUAAACCACCCUCAUUAGGAUUCACUAUUUUAUUUAGGAAAGCAGUUUCCCCCUGCUUUCUUGACAUAAUUUGCGGCAGUAUAUUGCUCAGAGCAAAGGCCAGAACGUUCUAUACCUUAUGCAUUUGCUAGUUAAAAUCUGGGGCUUGGGGGUAGAAUUUGUGGAAUUUUGCGUUCUGUUGCUUGGCAACUUUAAGAGAGUUAAGCCUAUACAUUCUGUGAGCAUCAGAGUUACAAAGUUUGGUGAGCCCAGUCAAUUAUUUCUUGAUACUAAAAAGAAAUUAGUUCUCCAUUAUGUAGAGGGCUUGAAAAGUUGUCAUUCAGAGCAGGGCAUCCGUAGCGAUGUCACACUUCUUCUACUUGACUCCACAAAUUAUUCUGCCCUUCAGCCCUCUCACCUCUCAAGAGUUCGAUCUGAUCAGACGCAAGGCUGGCAUAUCUUGGCAGAAUGAAGCAAGGUGGUCACAUUCCUCUGUGACGACAUAUGCAGGCAGUUACCGGAAAAAACAACUGGAUGAGUCCACAUGCAGCCGAUUUUCUCUUAAAGCAGGACAGCAUUGGCCUGAGUGUAACCAAUGGAAGAAAAUGCAGGAACAAUCCCUACUCCCGCCCAAGAAUCAGGUCUUGGCAACUUGGCAACUUCACUCCCAGUUCCGUGCAGAAAGUAACCUCAGUGGAAGGGCAAGGGCUAACAACCAGGCCAUUUUUCUCCAGCUUCAGGAACCGUGUAAUUCGGCCAGCAAGGUUGGCUCGUCUGAAGACUCAGAAAGUGAUCAGUACUCCGUUUAUAGCCUGGGAGGACCGUUCUCGUCACUGAGCUGAGUCGGAAAACCCAGUCCCAGAGCUGGAGGCCUGCAGCUUCGUUUAGUUAAAGACUUUGAGCUCUGACCAGUGUGAGCAACAUUUGCAUCUCCUCUUUUAUAGAUCCAGCGAUCAAGAAAGAAUUUAUCAAUAGAUCUGCUACCUCAUAAAGAAGAGGUCUUGGUUGAUGACUUGAGUCCAUUCAGAGCUUGGACAGGGGAAGAUUGUACACCUUAGUCCCCACAGUCACUGCACUUUAUUUACCCCAGGGACUGCUUUUUGGAUACCUGCUUUGUUACUUAACGGUAGUUAUUUGCAAAAUAAACCUCAUUUUGUGUAGGA